CUCUACUAAUCGGAGGACGGAAUCCUCGAGUUUUCUCAGAAGUAAAGUUCACGAACAAUGCCGACAAUUGAUUGCCGCAACUCGUCUCCUUUGAAAGAGAUUGUGGCCGUCAAAUCGGAGAGGAGCGGCGGGGCUGGUGGAUCUGAAGGCGAUUCCACUUUCGGUAAACGGAGGUUGACAUUUGAUGCGGCGGCCGGCCAGGACAGCCCUACGUCUACUCCGACUAAGUUGAAAUCGCUUCGCGGAUGCAGGAAUUCAAGUCCAAACAGUCCUUUAGAUGGGAGCAAGGAAGAUUCUGGUAAAAGAUUACCAAGCUUGUGCAGAUCGCCGGUGAAGAGAUUGCACGACAGUGUUGAUCGUAAACAGAAUUGGAAUCCAAGUGAUCCGGGGCAAAUGAGUGCUGUAAAGGAGGCACUCCAUGUGUCUACAGCACCACAGACUGUUGUCUGCCGUGAAGACGAGCAGAAAAGGAUUUUAGAAUUUUGCAAGACUUGUUUGGAACAAGAGAAGGCUGGGAGUUUGUACGUAUGUGGAUGCCCAGGGACUGGAAAAUCAUUGUCGAUGGAAAAAGUAAAGCAACAAGUGGUUGACUGGGCAAGAGAUGAAGGAUUACAGCCACCUAAUGUAAUAACAAUAAAUUGUGCUUCUUUAACAAACACAACUGAGAUUUUCAGCAAGAUAGCGGAUAAGCACCAACAAAAGAAGAAAACUUCACCUUUGCAACAUCUUCGGGACAUUUAUUCUCAAAAGCAGCAGUCAUCUGACUCAAAGAUGAUGGUUAUAAUUGCAGAUGAGUUGGAUUAUUUGAUAACAAGGGACCGGGCUGUCCUUCAUGAUCUUUUCAUGCUUACAACUUUUCAAUUUUCUAGAUGUAUAUUGAUAGGAAUAGCAAAUGCCAUAGAUCUAGCUGAUCGUUUUCUUCCAAGACUCCAGUCAUUGAAUUGUAAACCUUUGGUUGUAACCUUCCGUGCCUACUCUAAAGAUCAGAUCCUUAGAAUUCUUUGGGAGAGGCUCAUGGAACUACCUUAUAUUGUGUUCCAAUCACAAGCAUUGGAACUUUGUGCCAGAAAAGUGGCAGCUGCAUCCGGAGAUAUGAGGAAAGCACUUUCUGUAUGCAGGAAUGCAGUGGAAAUGUUAGAGGCAGAGAUGAGUAAAUCGUCUAGCAGCCUGAGUUCGUCAGUGGGAGAGGCCACUGAUCAGCAGACACCUCCAGAUCUUGAAGUCUUCAAAAGACAACAAAACAUUACCGUCACAUUUCAGGUCAGGAUUGAUCAUAUGGCUGCUGCGUUGUCAAAGACAUUUAGAUCACCAGUAGUUGAUACCAUACAAUCUCUUCCACAACAUCAACAGAUAAUAUUAUGCUCUGCAGCAAAGUUUUUUCGGGGGAAAAAGAAGGAUACAACUAUAGAAGAGCUAAAUAAAUCUUACGUUGGUGUUUGCAAGUCAGCACAGAUACCACCAGUCGGCAUCUUGGAAUUUUUAAGCAUGUGCAGUGUGCUAAGUGACCAGGGGCUCUUCAAAUUGGUAGGCCAGUCACGGGAUGACAAAUUAAAAAGCGUAACGUUAAAAGUAGAUGGAUCCGACAUCACAUUUGCAUUGCAAGGAGUUCGUUUCUUUCGAAAUUGUCUCCAGUAAUGUCUGCUGCUGAUAUUGAGGUUUGAAGUGGUGUGCAGCCAUGGCCUUGAUGAUAACUCAACUGGGUCUUCUAAUUCUUUAAUGGGCACUUUUUUGUUGUCCAUAUAUAUUUUUAUUCGUUCAUCCUCAAUUGGGGAAAAGAAAAUAAUGUUUGUUAGCCUUAGAACUUGGAAUGAAUCAAAUUCUAAUUG